AUGGGCUUCUAUAUCUUCCUUCUCAUAGCUAUAGCGUUACGCCAAGUAUUUGGAGAACAGUCAAUAUGCUCUAUGCAAAUAGCCAUGGAGAUGUAUCUGCCAGAUCCUUGCGAUUGUACAAAAUAUAUACAUUGUUACCAUGGCGCCACUACAGUUCUUUCUUGCUAUCCUCAGUACUUUGACCCAGCCGUAUCCAAAUGUGUACCCUACAUUCCGUCUACAUGUCUUAACCAUUCACGUCGCACAACGCAUCACCCGGUACCCACAACGCCACGCACCUUACCCACUAUAACUAAGGAACCCACUCCAUUCCCAACAACUCCUCACCCGGUACCCACAACUCCACGUACCUUACCCACUAUAACUAAGGAACCCACUCCAUUCCCAACAACUCCUCACCCGGUACCCACAACGCCACGCACCUUACCCACUAUAACUAAGGAACCCACUCCAUUCCCAACAACUCCUCACCCGGUACCCACAACGCCACGCACCCUACCCACUAUAACUGAGGAACCCACUCCAUUCCCAACAACUCCUCACCCGGUACCCACAACGCCACGUACCUUACCCACUAUAACUAAGGAACCCACUCCAUUCCCAACAACUCCUCACCCGGUACCCACAACGCCACGCACCUUACCCACUAUAACUAAGGAACCCACUCCAUUCCCAACAACUCCUCACCCGGUACCCACAACGCCACGCACCUUACCCACUAUAACUAAGGAACCCACUCCAUUCCCAACAACUCCUCACCCGGUACCCACAACGCCACGCACCUUACCCACUAUAACUGAGGACCCCACUCCAUUCCCAACAACACCUCACCCGGUACCCACAACGCCACGCACCUUACCCACUAUAACUAAGGAACCCACUCCAUUCCCAACAACUCCUCACCCGGUACCCACAACGCCACGUACCUUACCCACUAUAACUAAGGAACCCACUCCAUUCCCAACAACUCCUCACCCGGUACCCACAACGCCACGUACCUUACCCACUAUAACUAAGGAACCCACUCCAUUCCCAACAACUCCUCACCCGGUACCCACAACGCCACGUACCUUACCCACUAUAUCACCAGCACCGACAAAACCAACAACUGAAAAACCAGUACCACCAACAACCGAUGUAACACCGACGUCUAAACCAAUGUGUGAACCAAUAUGCCACAAACGGGAUCUUUUUUUGAUAGUUGAUCCAGAUAAUGGAAGUCUAUAUUAUUAUUGCUAUUAUGGAACUCUAUUCCACUACGACUGUCCGACUAAGGUAUGUUAUUGA